AUGGACGGAAUCGAACGCAGUGACGAAGUUAACAAAGAUGAUGGCUGUAAGCUGUUUGUUGCCAUCUCACGAAAUAGUAUGCACCAACUGAAACAUUUCGAGAAAAGCGGCACCAACAAGCAGGGACGGAACUUCCUGACUGCCGAAUUUGGUGAAUGGCCUGCCGAGCGUGCUGCUCUAGACGUCCUGGAGCUCAACCGACUGAUUGCCAUUCCAGAGGAGUUCAUCCCCACUGGCUUCGACCCUGGUGAUGCGGGGGCUCCGGACGAUGCGAAUGAUCAACCCGGUGGCGGCGGUGGUGAUGAUGAUGGUGAUGCUGGCACGCGGCCCCAACCUACUUACGAUGUCAAAAAGCCGAAAAAACGCCGAAAAAGUCGCUGA